CCAGUUGGAGGGAUGGCCCUGGCCUGGCUGCUGCUGCUGCUGCUGCUGCUGGCGCUGGCGGUGCCGGGCUCUGGCGGGGAGGAGGCGGAGGUGGUGUGCGCCGACAACGCCUGCUACACCCUGCACCGGGAUGAGCUGGACUGGAAGGGCGCCCAGGAGCGCUGCCGGCACAACGGCGGCAACCUGGCCAGCGUGGGCAGCCCCGGCGAGGCUGCGCGGCUGCAGGAGCUGCUGGAGGCGGCCGGGGGGCACGGCCCGGCCUGGAUCGGGCUGUGGCUGCAGCGGGGGCACUGCGUCCAGCCGCAGGAGCCGCUGCGGGGAUUCUCCUGGGUGGCCGGAGGGACGCCCGGCAACUUCUCGGCGUGGGCGUCGGAGCCGUCGAUGACCUGCACGAGCGCCCGCUGCGCCAGCCUGCGGCCCCGCGGCCCCCACGGCCCCGCCGGCUGGGCCGACCGGCCCUGCCGCCUCCCGCUGCCCGCCUUCCUCUGCAAGUUCAGCUUCCAGGGAAUGUGCGGCCUCCUGCCGCUGGCCGGGCCCGGCCGGGUCACCUACGGCACCCCCUUCGGGGUGCGCAGCUCCCGUCUGGCGGCCGCGCCCUUCGGCACCUUGGCCGAGGUGGAUUGCGAGGGGGACAAGAGCCAGGACUUCGCCCUCUGCAAGGGGACGCUGGACGGGGGGGGCUUCGCCUGGGACCCCCCCGGGCCCCUGUGCCCCGUGGCCUGUGCCCACCGCAACGGGGGCUGCCAGCACCGCUGCCUGGAGGUGCCCGGGGAGCCCCCGCGCUGCUCCUGCCACGCCGGCUACUCCCUGGCUGCCGACAUGGCCUCCUGCGUGCCCGAGGAUUCCUGCCACCCCAACCCCUGCCAGGGCACCUGCCGGGCCCGUCCCGGUGGCUUCGAGUGCGGCUGCGAGGCCGGAUACACCGUGGCCCCCGACGGCCGGAGCUGCCUGGAUGUGGAUGAGUGUCUGUCCGGACCGUGCCAGCACCAGUGCCACAACACUCCCGGGGGCUUCGCGUGCCUGUGCCCACCCGGCUACCGCCCGGCGGGGCCAGGUGGCCGCCUCUGCCAGGACCUGGACGAGUGUGCCCAGCCCGGCGUGUGCCCGCAGCUCUGCAUCAACGUCCCCGGCUCCUUCCACUGCGCCUGCCGGCCCGGCUACCAGCGCCAGCCGGGCGGGGAUUCCUGCCUGGAUGUGGAUGAGUGCCUGCGGGAUCCCUGCCCCGGGCCCUGCCGCAACUUGCCCGGGGGCUACGAGUGCGUGUGCCCGCCCGGCUUCCUGCCGGAGGAGGAGGGACGCGGCUGCCGCGCCGCAGCCGCCGCCGGAGAGGAGCCGGCGGAGGAGGUCCCCGACGGCCCGCCGGGCACCGCGAGCAUCCCAGCGAGCACGGGCGCCGCGUGGACCGCGAGAACCCCGCGGAGCACGGGCACCCCCCGGACCACGAGCAUCCCGCGGACUCUGGGAGUGCCCGCCGGGGUGACGCCGGCGGCCCCCACGGCGGAGGGAGCGGCCCCCGGCCCCGACGAGCACAGCGCCGACGGCCCGCGGCUGCUCCUCUACUACAUCCUGGGAAGCUUGGUGGCCAUCCUGCUCCUGCUGGCCUUCGCCCUGGCCCUCGUGGCUUGCAGGAGGAGGGCCGCCAAGAAGGAGAAGCGGCCGGCCAAGAGCGCGGCGGAUAAUUAUUGCUGGGUGCCCGAGCAGCCCGAGAGCCGCGGGCAGGGCGGGGAGCGCAGGUAGGAGGGAGGCGGGGAGCGCGGGGCGGUCGA